CCUCAGUCCUAACAUGGGCUAAUCUGUGGAGGCAGCUUACUCCAGUGUCACCCAGGGUGCCGCCACAUCAGGCUCCAACGAGGGCGUUUUUCUUUUGAAUGUAACACCUUCUCAUCUCUUCUCCUCAAACAGCACCUGAGAGCAGGGGCAUUCCGGAGAAGCAGUACACGGUGGGAACUUCUCUCAAGAGGCUGACUCUCUUUUUACAAGUCCAAGGCUGGCCCCUCACCAGGCGACAUGAAGGGGUGUGUGCUCCUAGUGCUCUUGGCUUUGUGCUCCGCCAAGCCCUUAUUUCACCCUUCAUAUGUGACACUGAAGAACAUGAUGCUGAAGGACAUGGAAGACGAAGGGGACAGUGACCUUGAUGCGGACAACUCUCUUUUUCCAACAAGAGAGCCAAUUAACCCCUUCUUCCCGUUCGAUCUGUUCCCAACGUGUCCAUUUGGAUGCCAGUGCUACUCGAGAGUUGUACACUGCUCUGAUCUAGGUUUGUCCUCCGUCCCAAGCAACAUUCCAUUUGAUACUCAGAUGGUUGACCUUCAAAACAAUAAAAUUAAGGAAAUCAAAGAAAAUGAUUUUAAAGGACUCACCUCACUUUAUGCUUUGAUUCUGAACAACAAUAAGCUAACAAAGAUCCACCCAAAAGCCUUUCUAACUACAAAGAAGUUGAGAAGGCUGUACCUGUCCCACAAUCAACUAAGCGAAAUACCAUUUAAUCUUCCCAAAUCGCUAGCAGAACUCAGAAUUCAUGAUAAUAAAGUUAAGAAAAUACAAAAGGAGACAUUCAAAGGAAUGAAUACUUUACAUGUUCUAGAAAUGAGUGCAAACCCUCUCGAUAAUAAUGGGAUUGAACCGGGGGCAUUUGAAGGAGUGACAGUAUUCCAUAUCAGAAUCGCAGAAGCAAAACUGACCUCAAUUCCUAAAGAACUUCCAUCAACUUUACUGGAGCUUCAUUUAGACUAUAAUAAAAUUUCAACCGUGGAACUCGAGGAUUUUAAACGAUACAAAGACCUGCAAAGGCUGGGCCUAGGAAACAACAGAAUCACUGACAUUGAAAACGGAAGUCUUGCUAACAUACCACGAGUGAGAGAAAUACACUUGGAAAACAACAAACUAAAAAAAAUCCCUUCAGGAUUACAGGAGUUGAAAUAUCUCCAGAUAAUCUUUCUUCACUCUAAUUCAAUUACAAAAGUGGGAGUGAAUGACUUCUGCCCAACAGUACCGAAGAUGAAGAAAUCUUUAUACAGUGCGAUAAGUCUGUUCAACAACCCGGUGAGGUACUGGGAAGUGCAGCCCGCGGCUUUUCGCUGUGUUGUAGGCAGAAUGAGCGUGCAGCUCGGGAACUUCAGAAAGUAGUAAUUAGUAAUAUCCAUUUAAUAUAAAAUUUAGAAAUUAAUACAUUUGGAAUACUUGAACUCUGUUAAAAAUGGUGGUAUUAUGCAAAUCAGCAAAAACCUAUUCCUACAUGGUAAGUCCCCUGACUUACUUUAUGACAAAAAAUUUCAACAGAAUUUUGCAAAACUAUUGCUCCAUGAGGAUCAAGAAAAACAAGCACGUACUGCAGUUUCCUUCUGUACACAAAUGAUUCUGCAUAAAUCUCAUGCUUGAACAUUCUUUUCUCAGUAACAAAAAAAUAAUACAAUCAGUAUUUAACACUUUGUUAUCAAGUGCAUUUUAAAAAGAACUGUACUGUAAAUGGAAUGCUUGACUUAGCAAAAUCUGUGCUCUUUCGUUUGCUGUUAGCAAACCAAAAUUGACAAGAAUGGCUUCAUGGAGAGCACAUUAUACUAUUCUUAAACUUUCUUUAAUAACUUGGGUGGUACUGUAAUGUUUCUAUUAAUGCUGAAGUAUGGUUUUAUAUAAUCUUAUUCAAAUUCCCAUAUUUUAGAGGCUUAUUGUCUAUAUGUUUAAACUAACUCCUUAUAAUAAAGCCUUCAGUGUUUAUUAUCAA